CACGCCUCUAUACAUAGCCGCUUGACGAUGAUGUCCAAGCGUCGCGGCAACGGGAAGGACGGCAGCAAGCCCGAGAUGGGCAUGGCCCAGCGCAUGACGCUCAAGAUCCUCUCGCUCUAUGACAGCACGACCAACGUCGACGCCAUCAUCCAGGAGCUGUACCAUCCCGAAGCGACGUUCUCGGACCCGCUGGUCGAAGUCUCUGGCCGCGACAAGGUUGCCGCCCAGUUUCGCGUCUUGCCAUCGUUUGUCGCGCAGUCGCAUGCGACGUUGAUCCGCGGCUCGAUGGCGGGCGUGAGCAUCCUCACGAUUGACAGCACGGUCACGUACAAGCUCAAGCCGUUCCCAGAGUACAUGGGCGGCGCCUUGCGGAUGUUUACGGUCAUUGAGCUCGAAGAUCAAAAGGUCAUUUCCCACACGGACCAUUGGGACAUCCGCUCGGUCUUGGAGAACGUCCCGAUGCUGUCGUUCUUUUACCGGCAUCUGCGCACGAGUGUCGGGAGCGCGUCGUCGCAUGUCAUCAACGUCUUCUUGCCCGAGUCGUCGCCGCCGUCGGAGGAGACCCAGCUCCUCGACGCGCCGAGAACCGACCACGACUAGGACAACUCGUUAAU